UCGCACGGAGAUGUAUGAUUGCUGAUCGACAGCUGUCAGCUCUCCGUCCCAGACUUAGGGCCUGAGUGACAGCGAGUGUGAAGUGUCACUGACGGCCUUGCCUUUCUCCUCGUUGGCUGACGGUGACAUCGACGCCCCUCGCUCCUGUCAGCUCGCCUGCAUCCGUGCCCGGGAGAAGAUGACUGAGCUUAGGAUAGCUAAGAACGCCUUGCUGGACAGGCGGCUGCACGGCCCGCCCAGUAAGCCCUUUCCCAUGAGACGAUGCCUCAGUGAUACCUCGGACCUGUUUGCCAUGAUCGAGAGGAUGCAGGGUAGCAGAAUGGAUGAGCAGCGGUGCCCCCUCCCUCCCCCCCUGAAAAGAGAAGAGGACUACAUCCCGUACCCCAGCGUUCAUGAGGUUUUAGGACGUACCGGGCCUUUCCCACUCAUCCUGCUGCCCCAGUUCGGCGGCUACUGGAUUGAGGGGACCAAUCAUGAGCCUAAAGACCCGCCAGAGGCUGAUCCGCUUCCCUGUCCCGCCUCCCAUAUCAAACUGGAGACCAACAGCACUGCCAAGAUCUACAGGAAACACUUCAUGGGCAAGGAACACUUUAAUUAUUACACCAUGGACGCUGCCCUGGGCCACUUGGUCUUUUCCAUGAAGUAUGAUGUCAUCGGGGAUCAGGAGCAUCUGCGCUUGAUGCUUCGGACAAAGUUAAAAACCUACCAUGAUGUGAUUCCCAUAUCCUGCCUCACCGAGUUCCCCAAUGUUGUUCAGAUGGCAAAGCUUGUCUGUGAAGAAGUAAAUGUGGAUAGAUUUUACCCCGUCCUCUACCCUAAGGCAUCAAGGCUCAUUGUCACCUUUGAUGAGCACGUUAUCAGCAACAACUUCAAGUUUGGGGUCAUCUAUCAAAAGUUUGGCCAGACAUCAGAGGAGGAACUGUUUGGGAACAUGGAAGAAAGUCCUGCUUUUGUAGAGUUCUUGGAGUUUCUGGGCCACAAGAUUGAGCUUCACGACUUUAAAGGGUUUCGAGGUGGACUGGAUGUUACUCAUGGGCAGACGGGGACAGAGUCCGUCUACACCAACUUCCACAACAAAGAGAUUAUGCUUCACGUCUCCACCAAGCUGCCCUACACAGAGGGAGACUCACAGCAGCUGCAGAGGAAGAGGCACAUAGGCAACGAUAUUGUAGCCAUCGUGUUUCAGGAGGAGAACACACCAUUUGUACCGGACAUGAUUGCAUCCAACUUCCUGCACGCCUAUGUGGUGGUGCAGGUGGAGAACGCAUGUUCAGAUAAUACCACCUACAAGGUGUCAGUGACAGCGCGAGAUGAUGUACCUUUCUUCGGCCCCGCUCUGCCAGAUCCUGCCAUCUUCAAAAAGGGCCCGGAGUUCCACGAGUUCCUCUACACCAAGCUUAUUAAUGCAGAGUACGCCUGCUACAAGGCUGAGAAGUUUGCCAAGCUGGAGGAGCGCACGCGGUCCGCCCUGCUGGAGACGCUGUACGAGGAGCUGCACAUCAACAGCCAGUCCAUGAUGGGCCUGGGCGGAGACGAGGAUAAGCUGGAGAACGGGGGAGGCGGGGGAGGAGGCUUCUUUGAAUCCUUUAAGCGGGUGAUCCGCAGCAGAAGCCAGUCUAUGGACGCCAUGGGCCUCAGUAACAAGAAGUCACACACAGUCUCCACUAGUCACAGUGGCAGCUUUACCCACAAUCCCGCAGAGAGCCCCAAAACCCCGGGGAUAUCCCUGAUCAUACCGGGGAAAAGCCCGACUAGGAAAAAGUCGGGGCCCUUCAGCUCGCGUCGCAGCAGUGCCAUCGGCAUCGAGAACAUCCAGGAGGUCCAAGAGAAGAGCCGGGAGGUGUCCCCCAGCGCCCAGAAGACCCCAGACAGCAGCCACAUCUCACUGGAAAACAAAUCAGAGACUUCUUCCAAUCACAGUUCUCCAGAGAUGCCCACCACGAGGAACAGUCUGGCUAUGUGUUGCAGGGCUCCGUCCAUCCCCGAGGCUCAGGACCUUUCGCGCUCCUCCUCCAAUGCCAGCAGCUUCGCCAGCGUCGUGGAGGAACAUGACAACGAGCACGAAGCUGUGGAGGAGUAUGACACCGGACUGGAAAGUCUAUCUUCAGCUGGAACACCACACAAGAGAGAUUCAUUUAUGUACAGUUCCUGGGUGGAGGACAGCGUGAGCAGUACGAGCCAGGGAAGCUCUCCAGCACCUUGUCGUCUCCAGCAGCAACCUGACACAGCGAAGGGAGCGGAGCCAAGAGGAACAGACAGCCGGCCCAAGACAGAGCGCCCCCCGCAGGAGCACAAGUCCUCAUCGCAUUCCCAUAAGAGGCAUCCCUUGCAAGAGACGAGGCGAGAGCAUGUGAAAUCCACCACGGACGCAGAGGAGGAGCGGAGUUAGAGGCCGGGAUGAAGAGACCGACAGAUGUUUCCUCUGUAUUUCUGGCACGGAUCUGCCCCCCCCUGUCUUGACAGACACCCAGCGCCAUGGACAUGUAUGUACCUAUUGCCCUCAUUUCAGGCCUCUCUAAAAUGCUUAGCGAUAGAGGAUAAGAAAGGGAGAGGGGCGACCAGCAGCCUUCUCCAGAGGACUUCAGCACCCACAGCAUCACGUCUGACUGUCGCCUGUCAGCCGGCUUUGCAGACCGCCCGCCCACUCAUUCUUCAGGCCGGCGUGCUCUGAAGGCUGAGUCUGGCCCCCGUGGUUCUUACUGUAAACAUGUGCUACGUUCUGUGUCCUGUUUGGAGGUGCAGGAUUAUGAGCAGGGUUAAAUCUCAUGACUCCAAGAGAGGUGAAAGAAAAGGUCAGGAGUGAUCAAACAAGAGGUAUUUCUUUAGCCACUGAAGGGAGUAGGCUUAUAGGGAGGAGAGUUGCACUAUAGAGACCGAUUUUUUAUGUCAUCCUCACAGCCCACUGUGUUAUUAUUGUACAUUGGUUAGACUCGAUGUAUCAGGUGUUUGGCAGUCUCUCAGGCCAAGUUUUGUGUUUUGCUGAUGAUCUCUUCUUCUUCUUCUUCUGACUAUUCUGGUGGAUGUUUGUCUGGUGGAUGGCAGUUUUAGUAGAUGUAUCAUGUUUUCUCAUAGAGGGUACUUUUAUGAUGCUGUCGGUGUCUUCAAUAACAUCAAUCAACCUCCUCCCAAGUAACAUAUAUAUCAAGGCCAGACCACAGACAAAUGUGUCUACCGUUUUUUUUUUUUAAUUCAUAAUUUAUUUGCACCCCAGUGAAUCCCGUCUCGUUUAUCAAUGCCGUCGGAGCACGAACAUGAGUAUGAAGCACUGACUCUCACUUGUUUUGCCAUUGUUGACAACUGAAUCCGUGAGACUGUGGGGAAAACAAAUCAGGUGCCCCGCGUGGCGACAGGCAUCCUGAAUCCACACGACUUCAUCUGCAAAUGCUCUCUGCCAUUACCCACUUGUUGAUUUGAUAUAUGUGUAUGGGCGUGUAUACAAUGGUACUGUGCAUGGUGUAAAUCUGCUUGCCAAGAAAAAAAAAAAAAAAAAAAAAAAAAAAAAAA